CCUCCCUCGUCCAUGCUGUUGCCAGGAACGUUGCUUUGUUGCGUAGCAUCCCACGAGUCCAAGCUGUAGCACGUUGACAAGACAGGCACAAGCGGAACUCCAGUCCCCGUAUUUUAAGCACCUCCGACACCUUGCCCACCUCCCCUUGUCUCCGUCUUCCUGGUCUCAUACAUGCCCGCGCCCACGAAACAGUCCCAGAAGAAUGUUCUCGACAUCCGCCUCGCAGAGUCCGUCGUGUUCCUCCGCGCCGGAGAUGCCACUGGCAGGCCUCGCAACAUGCAGUCCGACGCUCCCCCUGGUAUGCUUCGCGGGCUGCUGACGCUCACGCUCGUCAAGCCGACGAAGAUCUCCAGCAUUGAAAUCGAGUUGGUGGGAAAGACGAGCACGGCCUGGCCUGAAGGAGUGGGCGCGCGCCGCAUCGAAGUCACCGAGGAACACGAGAUCUACGCACAGUCAUACAUCCUCUUUCGCGCGGGCUCGGAGACACCGUACAAGAACAACCGACGCACGCUCUCCAUUGGUCCCGGUAUUGCUCUGGAUCACGACGACGACGACCGCUCCGACCUCUCGAGCGAGGACGUGCACGGAAAUGCUCGCCGGACGCCCAGCGACGAGCGGAGGGGCCGCGACCCAGGUCCACCGCCCGCGUUUACAACCAGCGCGCUCGCGUCCAGGAGGAACAUGAGCGUUGACCAGACGCAUUUCCAGCGGGGCUAUGUCGCGCACCGUGAUAACGGCCUCUCACUCGCUACGACCGCAUCCCCACCCUAUACGCCCACCGCAGAGUCUGCGCCCCCACAUGUUUGGAGUCCGACGACCCUCAGCCCGGCCGCAUCCAUUUCGCAUCGCAUGCACACCGUUGACGAGCAGCCCAUCCAGGAGGCUGUCUCGUCUGCGGAGGAGUUCGGUCAGGGUCGCAGUUCGGAGCCGGACACGGAACGCAGCAGUCUCGCAUCCGCGCGCCACCCGUCCCCCCUUCCGCGUCUGGGCGGGUCCUCUGCAUCCAGUCUGCGCCUCGCCAACAACUCGCAGUCCGCCUCCGCCCGUCCAUCCUUCGAAGACGAGCGCCCCGAGUUCAUCACCGGGAGCAGCCGCAGUCCGCUCCCGACCCCGCCUUCGGCCACGGCCACGCAGCGCUCGCUAUCGCGUUCGGCCGACCACCGCCAGCACCGCCGCGAGGGCUCGUCGGACGUGCGGGAGCACGACGAUGGGCGCGGGCGCAAGCACAAGCGGUUCAGCUUCGCGAACGUGUCGAACGCACUGCUGGACGUCGUCAUGGACCGCGUGCGCUCGCGCUCGCGCUCGUCGUUCGCAGACGUCCACGCCGCCGGCGACGCGACACCCCCGCGUGGGCGCACGCGCGAACGUACCAUCGACGAGGACGUGUUCCAGGACGAUGACGAGGGCACGCGCGUGCGCGAGCGCUCGACACUCGGCCGUGUCAGCGAGGUGCUCGGACUUGACGGCGAGGAUGGGAAGGAGUGGGGCGACGGCUGGAAGGAGUUCAAGAAAGGCACGUAUACAUGGCCGAUUUCGUUCGCUAUCCCCGCGGCGUCGCCGCCGACGCUGCACUGUGACCUCGGGCACGUGACUUGGAAACUCAAGGCGUAUGCGCAUCGGCCGGGGACGUUCACGACGAAGAUGUCCGCGGCGCAGGAGAUCACGGUCGUUGCAUGUCCGUCGGAGGACGACCUUGAAGAGACUGACAGCAUCAUCGUCGAGCGCCAAUGGGACACGCAGAUGCAGUACCUCAUCACCGUCUCUGGACGGAGCUUCCCGAUUGGAGGUGUCAUGCCCGUCAGCAUAACCUUCAUGCCAUGGACAAAGAUGAAGGUUUACAGGAUCUCUGUGCUCAUAGAAGAGCGCGUAGAUUACUGGACAGACUUUAAGCGCAUCGCGCGCACCGACCCACUCACCCGCAUUGUCCUCAUGUCUGUAAAAAAUCAACAGAAGGACGGACCGUACAUCCUCCCGCUGGACUCCUCCGACUCUCAAGCGUUCAUGCACUCACCAUUCGCCGCUCUGGUCCCGGAAGGCGAGGACGUCGGUGAGUAUGCGUCGAGCCUCAUGGGCCCCGGGCCCUGGCGGAUCCAGACGGACCUGCAGCUUCCCGAGGCGUGCAACGUCCUGCACUUCACGAACCGGAACCGGCGGAGCAACAUCUUCGUCACGCACAUGCUGAAGAUCAUAUUCCGUGUGGAGCGUGGCGACGACCAGGCGGUCGACCCGCAGUCGGGCAGGCGGAAGCUGUUUGACAUCGUCGUGCAGACGCCAAUCCACAUCCUUUCGUUCAACCGCGUCACCACCCCUCCUGCAACUAUGUCCGCCCCACGCGAGGCAGCCACUCACCUGCCAACUGCGAGCUCUACCCGAAUACGGCCUUCAUGUCCUUGCCCGGAGGCCCGAGAGCAGCUACCGAACGCAUCGUGACACCUACACCCGCUGAGCUCCACCCCAUCCGCCCACCACCACUGCCGCGUCAGGAAUCAAUCUUCCAGCGCGGUGCCCAGUUCGAGCGACUCGUCGCGGGGCAGGAGAGCGAGCUCGGCGAGGCUCCGCCUUCGUACGAAGAAGUCGUACAACAGUCAUGAAACCCUCAAGACCUUCCAAUCCUCAUGCAUACGCCCGGACACUACCUAUGCGAUACUUACUACCCUGGUCGUUUGAUUCCCGGCACGCGCGUGCCAUG